AUGAGAUAUUCAAAUGAUACUGAUUGUAAUUCUAAAAUUUUUCCACUUGCAGAAAAAGAACUUCAAAACAAAUUAAUUGAAUUUGUUCAACAAGCUCAACAAAAUGGAUUUGUUAAGAAAGGAGCAAAUGAAGCAACCAAAGCACUUAAUAGAGGAAAAGCAGAUAUUGUUAUUAUAGCUGCUGAUACUAAACCAAUUGAAAUUGUUUUACAUCUUCCAAUUCUUUGUGAAGAUAAAAAUGUUCCUUAUGUAUUUGUUGGAUCAAAAGCAGCUCUUGGAAGAGCAUGUGGUGUUUCAAGAGAUGUUAUUGCAGUUGCAAUUAUUAAUGAUAAAGGAAAAUCAGCACCAUCAGUUGAAACAAUGAAAGAUGAAAUUGAAAAGCUUUUAUUCUAA